AUGUCUUCUCUCCAACCAAUAACCCUUCAUGGUCAUCCCGGACCCAACCCGUGGAAGAUAGCUCUCCUCCUAGACGAGCUCAACGUACCCUAUACGACCAAGAUCUACACCACCCCCGAGCUGAAGCAGCCGGCCUUCCUUGCGCUGAACCGCAAUGGCAUGACGCCCGUCAUUGAGGAUCCCAACAAAAGUCUCCUACUCGCCGAGUCCGGUGCCAUCAUGGACUAUAUCCUCGACCAAUACGACCCCGAGAAACGCAUCAGCUUCACCACCCUGCCAGAGCGAUACCACAUGAAGCAAUGGCUCCAGUUCCAAACCACGACGCAAGGACCAGUCCUACAAGCGGUCUUCCACUGGGCCUUCGUCGAGCCCAACCCCGAGGCCCGCGCUAGCUAUGUCAAGAAAUCGCGUCGGGUGUUGCAGGUUCUGAACGACGGACUCGCCGAUAGGGAGUGGCUCGUCGGCGGCAAGUGCUCCGCUGCGGACUUGAGUUACGUCCCCUUCCAUUCCAGACUGGAUUUCAUCAUGAGGGAGGCAACGCCCGAUGUGGAGACGGAGUUUCCGAACGUCGAUGCUUGGUAUAAGCGCAUGCUGGGGCGGGAUGCGGUGCAGAAGAUGCUGAACGAUCGAGAUGAGGCUACGAAGGAGCUCAGUUCUCUGGGGAAGAAGUGA